GAAAUACCAAAUGUCUUGUGAUGACAUCAUCAGCAUGUUGGGGUGAAGUGAAUUCAUAAAUGCAUGUUGGACGACCACAUCUUUUUCCAAGAAUUUGGGUCCAAGAAGAAGGCUACAAGAACCUUAUGACUCUGCUCAGAGUCCUCUAACUUGAGCCACAGAUACCAGUAGACCAGAGAUGGGGAGGAACAGGCCCCAGAGAGUAAGUGGUGGUGGUGGAGGAGGAAGGUCCAACUCUACCAGUAGCACUAGUACAGUGUCUAAGGAUCUAAGAAGCCUCGAUCUAUAUUUGGAAAAACAGCAUCUGCAAAGGAAGCCUACUGCGAAGGAUGGGUCUUGUCUGUUUAGAGCCGUUUCUGAGCAGGUGUUCCUGACACAGUUCCAUCACGAGAAGGUCAGAAUGCAGUGUGUGAAGUACAUUAGAGAUCAUCAGGAGGAAUUCCAAAAUUUUGUUACGAUGCCACUCGAGGAAUACUUGACGAAGCUGACGAGAGAGUUGUGGGGCGGAGAGAUGGAGCUUGUUGUCCUCAGCAAGUUGUACACCAGGACCAUCAUUGUGUACAUGUACAGCGAGCAGAGCGGAACCAUUACAGACAAAAAAAUUCACCCAGAAGAGAGGAUGGAGGCAACAAAGAACCCUAUCCUUCUGGCUUAUUCUGACGGGAACCACUAUGACAGUGUCUACUCCACUGAGCGCAUGCAGCACAUAUCAAUGUGUCAAGGCAUUCUCUAUACGAUGCUGUUUGAAGGCGUGAUGAAGGAUGCUAUACCUACUGUGUGUAAGAGACGAUUGGAUUCAGUAACAGAGCAAGAUUUAACCAUCACGAGAAAGCGAGACGUAGAUAAGCCCAAGCCCAUUCAACUUCUUGCCAAUCACUAUAGUACGGAGGUCAUGAGAGCAAUGGGGUCUCAGGUGUAUCACAAUGCAGAGCUGCAGGCCCACCAGAACGAACGAGCUACCAUUGAGAGGUUUGAUCGGCAAGUGGCCACCAGUAUACAGUUCCAGGUGGGAGACAGGUGUCGAUUCAAGCUACCUGACAGUAAGACGCAGGAUGGGGAGAUCAGCGCACUGUACAGCGCAGAGGACUGUCACACAGUCUACGUGUAUGACGCCAGUGAAGAGUGGGUAAUCCCCAGUAAAGUCAUAUCGCUGAAUCAUCCAAGCCCUGGGAGCCGCAAUUCAUCUCAGCAGAAUCAACCAAAUCGCUUUAAGAAUCGUCAAGGAAACUCGCGCUCUGAUGACACAUAUAAUCGCCAUGACAGUCACCCUUCUCUAAAGCCUCCCUCUAGCCAUCCAGAGGCAUGGCCUACGCCCACCACAACCAUUCGGAUCCAGCCCACCAAACCAUCCCCCACAAACGACUCCAAAUUGUCUACAGGGGCUGCUAAGCCAAUGGUGUCCAGUCAGGUUCAAUCUCGCCAAUCCAGUGACAAAAGAGGAGGACAUGAUAAAGAUAAAGACCAGAAAGUUGCUAAUCCACCCGUCGCUAUCACUCCCGCAUCAAGACCAAAGCAAGGAACAUCUUCAGUCUCGAAAAUGGCUGCCCCUCAAGUACAAAAUGCUAAAGUUGCGGCGCCUUCGAAAAAUACACUCGAUAAUAAAGCCAGCAGUAAGACCCCACUGCAAGACGCACCCAGAAAACCUCCUGGCUUGAACAAGCCAGCUGUACAGCAGCCACGACCGGCGAAAGUGAACGGUGGUCCAGGAGGUUCGCUAACCUCUGAGGACUCUAACUAUUCCAGCAGCAGUGAUGAUUCGGGCGAGAGAGGAGAACAAACUAACACCACAUCCACCCCCCCGGCCCCACAGCCACAGCCACCGCCCCAAUCCCUCCCUGCUAGACAAGGAACCGGCAAGCCCUCUAAGCAAUACAAUGGGCAGCCGGAAGUCCCUCCAGGAUGGCAAGGUGAACCUGCUUACGUUACUGGACACCCAAAUGACAACGAAAAGAAGGCUAAGAAUCCAAGACCCCCUGCUACAACCAACCAGCGCCAUAAAUCCACAGCAGACAAACAGUUUCAACAGAGGGGCAGGGAUAGUCCUUAUCUUGUGCCUCAGAUCCCACGUGAUCCCUCCUCUCAGCCAGAAGACGAUUGGCCAGGAUUCGAACCCCUGAAGGAAGUAUCAUCCCCAGACCCAGCAUCCUCAACACUGCUGGCUGCCAUGAGGUCUCCUCCUCGCCUCCACACAAUGCCUCCCUUCAACGUCCCUGGAGACCCAACUAUGGUGUCGGUUGCCCCUGGAACAUUCAAACAGAUGCCUUUGCCUCCCACCUUUUUUGCUCCCUUCAAUGCUUUCCCGAUGAUGCUCUCUGAUCCUCCCGGUGGAAACCGUGACAUCCAAGCUCCUCAAGGCUACAUUCCCGCUACAAAUGCCCCAGCGGGAUAUCAAGAUCGUCCGCCAGUAUUUCCAUACAUUGUCCAUCGUACACCAAGCGGUACACUUAUAAACAGAGCCCAACCUCACGGAGAGCCUCAGAAAACUAUGUCUGCUCCCAACAUGAGGAUUUCUCAAGGUUUUCCAGUCUACUCCAGCCCUGCUGCUGAUGUCACCACACACAGAGAACCUGAGCCAGUGAUGCCCCCAUUACCACCUCCAGUCAGACCUGACGUGGCCACUCAGACGACAGCUCCUCCGGUGAUGCUAAGCACUUUCACUCAAGUGGAGAAAGAUGAAGUUGAGUCUUUGUCAAUGACCACGUACACACAGACACCAGUCAAGACCUACAGUAGUGUCGGUGUGGAAGCAUCUGUGCCGACUGAAUCGAUCUCUGUCCAGGCAUCUACUAUUAUGAGGAGUUGUGAGACUCAGACUGCCUCUAAAGUGGCCUUUCUCUCUGAGCUGCUACCACCUAGCAUGGAGGAUGAGCCUUCCUCGGAUGAAAAGAUCAAGUUUGCAGUUCAAUACGCCAUACAAUGUUUGGAAGUGUAUGCCAACAAAGAUGACACUGAUCAAGAUGCUGUCGCCAUUCUUGAGAAUAUGAAAGAUUUCGAAGAAAACGUACUUACGACUUGUCUCGAGGAUAUGCAUUCUAGCCCAGUGUCUCUGGAUCCUUCCCAGCAAGACUUCCUACAAUCGUUUGCUGGUAGCCGAGAAUUCUAUGCCAGUCAACUCCAUCAAUCGACAAUGGAGAAGGGAUUUUUCAAUCGAAUCAACCCUAAUGAUAAUUUAGACCAGCACCAGCGUGAGAUGAUGUUUAGACAAGAGGAGAUGCUUCGUCAGCAGGGGAAUAGUGAUCCUAGGCACGAGAGUCCCCCCCUCACAGGAGAGCCAAGUCCCUUUACUGAGAGCAGCUCCAGCAGUUUACAAGGAAAUGAGGGCAAUACAGAGCACCGAUUAUCACACCCAGGAGGGUUUCCACUUCCCCCCUUCCCCAUGGCCCAGUACCCUCAUCAUCCCAUGAUGCAGAUGCAGCGCCCGUUUAUGAUGAUGCCGUAUAUGUCGCCUUUCUUUCCUCAUCAAAUGCCCCCCCAUCAAAUGCCACCUUAUUCGAUGAUGCCACCUCAACAAUUUAUUUCUCCGAACAUGAUGAACCCCCACAGCCCUCUGUCUAGCACACCACACCCUCUACGCGAGCAAGAAUCUAGCGAAUCUGGAAAGAACUCCACACCAGAUAAUGAGAUCAUGUCGAAUGAUGAAGUAGUAGCAAAUCACCAAGAAUCGAAGAACACAGAAGAUAAUUCUCACCCUGCCAGAAUUCAGUUGGUUGCCCCAUCAGCUUUCACUGUCCCCUCUUCAGCGUCGUACCAGGAGCCAUCCACUGUCGUGUCAUCAGAAGUCACUGUUCAAAAUAGCGAUACCCUCAAAGAUUCCAGAUCUACUCCAACAAACAUUCCAGAGUUCAAGGACUCUCCUCCACCCACUCCUUUCGAGGCAAAAAAUCCAUACGAUGCUGUGACCAUUAUGGAAGACAAUAGAUCAGCUGUUCACUCUCCAGCUGUUGACAACAAUCCACCGACAGUCUCCGUACCGAAUGAGAACACUGAAGGCCUGCUGCCCACUCCCUUACUUGAUGAGUCUCAAAAUUUGCCUUGUCGAGGGAAGCCAGUUGAUCAAAAAUUACCACAACAACGAUUUCCGAAAAAUAAUCCUCAAAGACAAAGACCACGACAGAAUAGGUCUUCGAAUAAACAGACAACACAGGAGCCUCAAUCUGAGUCAUUAAAGUCUGGCAAGGGUCAAGAGCGGCCUCACAAAGAUCGUCGCUCUUCUAAGGAGCCCACUGAUGAUGUAGAUAAAGGCAAUCCGAGAAAAUCUAACAGCAGACAACCUAGGAACAAAGGAGUAACUGGAAACAAAAAAGGAGCAGAAGGUCAAGCCACUAGACAGCAAAGGCCAGCUAAUGGAGGAGCAUCAAAUAGCAGUACCCAAUCUCAAAGUGGUAGGUCUAGAGGAGGUGGGAGAAAGCAAGAUGCCUCAAGCCAAGUGCCUAGCAACCAGAGUGGGAGAAGGCAAGAUACCUCAGGUCAAGUGCCUAGCCACCCGAGUGGGAGAAGGCAAGAUGCCUCAAGCCAAGUGCCUAGCAACCCGAGUGGGAGAAGGCAAGAUGCCUCAGGUCAAGUGCCUAGCAACCAGAGUGGGAAAAGGCAAUAUGCCUCAGGUCAAGCGCCUAGCAACCAGAGUGGGAGAAGCCCAGGAGAGCCUACUCGUUCGGCAUCAUUUCUGGACUACUCCGAGAAGCAUCACCGUGGGAUCCCAUGCACAGUCCACCAACCGCGUGCUUUUCAUGGAGGGUUCCCAUCUCCGAACCAGAUUGAAGGAACUGAAUACGAGAACGAAGGAGAAUAUUCUCAUCCAACACCGGCUGUCAACAAGCGCUGGAAGUUCACUGAGCUCUCACCCUCUGACACGCAUUCAUUCACUCUACGUCGUGACCUCUUCAAGUGGGACCGCAAUGAUGCAUGUCCCAAAUGGGACGCUGAACAUACCAAGGCCGGCUACUCGGAGACUAUUGAAGACCCUUUCCCAACUUUCCCCACCUUUCAAGAUCACUGGGACUCGGAUAUAGGCGAUAUGAAUGUGUCUUUGACCGUGGACCAAGACUGUAAUGUCCCUGCACAACCGUAUAUGUGCGGUGUAGCUCAUGCACAAUGUGUCAGUGAAUCCAAGCCCGGUAAAAAUUCGAGCAAGAGAUCCGAUUCUGAGUGUGUUGUUCAAGCUGUAAAAUUGCCUAAAUAGAUCGUCGCCAAACUUUCUAACAUAAAUUAUUAUUAUUAUUAAGUUUAUUAAGUGUUCCAGAUAUUUGAUACUGGUGUAUUAAUCCAACUGUUUUUUUCGGUACAGUUCGUGAUACACACCAAUGUGUGUGUGGUUUGUUUAUUUCUUGUGCACUUUGAAUAUUAAGCUUUGAUGUUUUAUUGA